GCGGGUGGUACGCUUUCCAAGAUGGCUGGUGUAGGUCCUAUUGUUAGGUGGAGGAAAGUUUCGGCGGCCACUGGGAAUGUCCCCAGAUCAAGACACGGACACAAAGCUGUGGCUAUCAAGGACUUGAUCGUGGUUUUCGGUGGUGGGAAUGAGGGAAUAGUGGACGAACUUCACGUUUUCAAUACGACAACCUGCCAAUGGUUUCUUCCCGCUGUACAUGGAGAUAUUCCUCCAGGAUGUGCAGCUUUCGGAAUGCUGGCAGAAAACACUCGUGUGCUCAUGUUUGGUGGCAUGCUUGAGUAUGGCAAAUAUUCAGGCGACUUAUACGAACUACAAGCCUCUCGUUGGGAGUGGAAACGUCUAAAGCCUAAGCCUGCUAGAAAUGGCCCCUGUCCAUGUCCAAGGAUCGGGCAUAGUUUUACUCUUGUUGGUCAGCGAGCAUUUUUAUUUGGUGGGAUAACAAAUGACAGUGAUGACCCUAAAAACAAUAUACCAAGAUACUUAAACGAUCUGUACACUCUGGAAUUAAAACCCAAUUCAAGUACUAUGUGUUGGGAUAUUCCAAACACAUAUGGUCAGCCACCUACCCCUAGAGAAUCUCACAGUGCAGUAGCUUAUCAGGUCCUUGAUGGAAUGAUAAAGAAAUGGCGUCUUUUGGUAUAUGGUGGCAUGUCCGGUAACCGACUUGGGGAUCUUUGGCAAUUAGAAAUUGAUACCAUGACAUGGAUCAAACCUAUCGUUAGUGGAGAUCUACCGGCUCCACGCAGUCUUCAUAGUGCGACUGUAAUCGGAAACCGCAUGUUUGUCUUCGGUGGAUGGGUUCCUUUGGUCAUGGAAGAAAUUAAAAUGACAGCUCAAGAAAAAGAAUGGAAGUGUACGAAUACUUUGGCUAGUCUCAAUCUUGACACAAUGGUUUGGGAACCAUUGACAAUGGAAGUUGCUGACGAAUGUCUUCUACCUCGAGCCCGUGCUGGACAUUGUGCUGUAGCUGUUCACAGUCGUUUGUACAUUUGGUCUGGUCGUGAUGGAUAUAGAAAAGCAUGGAAUAAUCAGGUUUGCUUCAAAGAUUUAUGGUUUUUGGAAACUGACCGUCCUGCUGCUCCAACAAGAGUUCAGUUAGUUCGUGCUGGCACACAAAGCCUCGAAGUAACAUGGGGUUCGGUACCUACUGCAGAUGCUUAUAUUUUACAAAUUCAAAAGUAUGAUGUUUCUCCUUCCACAACUUCCACACAUUCCCUGACAUCUUCACCAGUAGAUACAAGUGGAAUUGUUAAAGCUCCAUUAACUGCAUCUGCUGGUUCUCUGAACUUUUCAAGAGCUGGUGCUAUUUCACAGGCCCUCAUUACCACGCCAGCUCCUGCUAAUUCUGUUCCGAUACCAACCCCUAUUAGAUUACCUACUACUACUGCCGCUGUUGGUUCAAUAAUACCAAACUCAUGCGUCACUAUGGCUGGACAGAGAGGACCUACUGUAGUUACACCGACAGGUUUAAAGAUCACACCUGUACCAGGCAGUGCUGUUACAGGACGGACGGCAACUAUCGCAACUGUAGCACAACAUUCCAGUGCAGUUAAUCCAUGUGGUCCGACGAUCAUUCGAAGUUCAUGUCCUCCGAUCGCUCCGAAGCAACACCUUAUCACUGUUAGUGGCAAGCAGGUGGUUUCUGCAGUUUCUGUCGCGAAUAACUCUGGUGUAGCUAAUUCGAAUCCAAAUCAAGUAGUACACAUUGUAAACAAGUCAACAGGUUUAAUCAAACCUAUUAAACUAGUUUCGACCACAACUUCAUCUUCAACUGCUUCCAAAACUAUCACUGUACAGCAAGCAUCAGUUGGAACUGGCGUUUCAGUUCCGAAAGUAAUCAAAGCUAUUCCAGCAACGAUGCUUCAAAUGUCUGCGUCUGGUAAGCCUAUUUUAAUUGCUGGUGGUAGUGUAUGCCGUCCGGGCCAGACAACCGUUCAAGUUUCAGGUUCUGUACACAGACCAGCUGGACAGCAAAUAGUUAUCAUGAGUCCAACAAUAUCCUCAUCAACUGCCUUGCCUGCAUCAUCAAAUUUGUACUUAUCUUCUGGAGGUGCUACCAGCCAAAUAAUACGACAGGGAAAUCAAACACAGGUAACCUUAGUCCGACGGGAUCAAUAUGAUUCAACACAUGGUAAUGCGAAUGAUCCUAGUAAUACUACGUCAUCGAUUCUCCAAACUAUUCCACAAUUGGAUGGUGCUAUUGAUGACGACGAUGAUGAUCUUGAUGAGGACGGUGGUAGUGCUAAAACCGAUGCUUCAGCUAUCCUUUUGGAGUCUAAUUUAGGCAAAGAAAAGUUACAUAUGAAAGGAAAUGUGGAUAUUCUACAAACUGGCAGUCAACAUUCGCCAGCAUAUACAACAGAUGCAAAUUCCGAUUUACAUACGUCAUUAGCCGUGGAAGCUGCUGCUGAACUACUUGCAGACAUUGGUGAUGACAAUACAUCAGCGUAUUCAGACCAAAAUUCAGCGAGCGUUUCAAAAGAAACUGAUCAGGCAGUCAGAAAUUUGAUUGAUAUCAAGCCUAAUGUAUUAUCCGAAAAUGUCUCUUCUAAUACUGAUCAUGGAAAAAAUUUCAGAGGAAAUUCAGGAUCUUAUGAAGAUCCAGUACAUGCUAAAGAUGGGAAGGAAGGAAAUGGUAGUUCUCUUACUGAUCCUUUGGAAACAUUAGCGUUAGUUGCUGCUCGCCGAAGUGGAAGUGGUGAUGAUCACGGAGGGGGACAAGUUUCUCGUUCUGUGACAGGUUUGGUCGCGAAUUCCCAUUCAAUCGUAACAACAUCUACCAAUUGUUCUUUAAUAAGUUCUUCGACUACUGUAACACCUGGUACAUUGAUUAGUCGAGGCGACAAUUCUUGGCAUGACGUUGGCGUUAUUAAGUCGACAAAUUAUACUGUAACAAUGUAUUCAGCCUGUACAAAUGAUGCUGGUGUACAUAUGGAAGCUAUCACCGCAUUACAGGGUCCCAAUGGGAUUGGACCGAAUGGACUAACUACACAGGGUCCUAAAUUCCAACUCGCUCCUGGAACAGCCUACAAAUUCCGUGUUGCAGGCCUCAAUGCUUGUGGUCGAGGUCCUUGGUCGGAGAUAAGCGCAUUCAAAACCUGUUUACCAGGUUAUCCAGGGGCUCCCAGUGCUAUAAAAAUAACUAAAUCGGACAGUGGUGCACAUUUAACGUGGGAAGCGCCUCAGAACACGGCGGGAAAGAUUACAGAGUAUUCUGUCUAUUUAGCUGUCAAGUCUCAAACUGCAGGACAAGAUUCUACAGAGAGCAAGGUCAGUUGUUAUUUUGUUGGUGAAGAACGUACUAAAUAUUUUGUGCAAAUUUACCUGUAAAUCGCUGUUUUUUUCUACAUCAGUAACACUGAAUCCAUUAUUUUCAUUUUAUAAUGCUCGCACGAUCGAUAGCCUACGUAAAUACUAAAGGUCAUUGUCAGAAUACCAACAAACUGAAUAAGUAUGUUACACUACGUAUACUAAACCUCAGUGUAUACAUAAGUAGAAGAUUCUUAGACAAAAAUUCAGUAACAGAUUUAUAGUUGAUUGAUGUUUAUUCAUGGAAAUUCUCUAUUUUACUUUGCGUCCAAGCUAUUGGCUUCCGUCAUACUUCGUAGGUUGUUCGAAACCCGAGAAAGAUUGACUCGCGAGGAGCAGGCUGGGUUUCGUUUUGGUCGAGGAUGUAUUGAUCAUAUCUUCACCCUCACACAUAUCAAAUGAGAUCUGUGUGGCCCAUAUGUAUUCGGUGCCUCAUUGUACCAAUAUCUAUGUGUUAAAAUAAAUAAAUAAAAUCUGAGCCGUCUUUUCUACCUUCGUGAGGUCAGUCUGGCUGUAAAAGGUCGGAUCUACAACGUGUCGGUGAGAGCAUUCUUGCUCUAUGCUUGUGAAACCUGGCCUCUCCGAGUUGAGGAUGCUAGACGACUCUCUGUAUUCGAUCAUCGUUGUCUCCGAAGGAUUGCUGACACCCAGUGGCAACAUCAUGUUAGUAAUGCAGAGGUUCAGCAUCGUGUGUUCGGGCACAGAGACGAUAAUUCAAUUGGUGUCAACAUAUUGAAACACCGACUUCGGUGGCUUUGACAUGUUCUUCGAAUGUUGCUCCAGAGAAUUUCUCGUUGUGCAUUAUUUGCCGACGCUAGGACUGGUCGGAAAAAGCGGAGAGGUGGUCAGUGUGUGACAUGAUGUCGUGGUAUGAAAGAAAGCUGCACAGGACUGGCCUCUGUUGGUUCUUCACGACUCCCUGGUUGGGGUCUGAGAGAUGGUGCAACACAGUGUCUAGAGACGUUAUCAGAUAUGGCUCAGAAUAGAAGCCAGUGGCGAUCCUGCUGUAACCUUCUUUUACUUUCUUCCUAAAAAGUGGUUGUUUCUUCCUUAACUGAAAGAUUUCUUCUGAUUGUACAUUUCCAUUCCGUGUGGCGCAUAUAUAUUGGCGCUCUCUUGUAUCAAUAUUUAUGUGCUCAAAUAAAUAAAUAAAUAAUUUUACUUACAGUUAGGACUAACGUAGAAUAUCUACGCAAUAAAAAUACUCAUGAAAUCUAUUCUCAUUAAAGAAUACCUCCUCAUAUUUUGCUUAUUUAUUUCCUUUAAAAUGAUCAAGUGAUUUGAUUCUUUUAAACUGAAAUUAGAAUGAUCAAUGUGAGUCUGUUAAUGCGUUCCCUAAACUUUAUAAUAUAAUAAGAAUUUGAUAUAGAACAAUAGUUCAUGUAGUUUUGUAACUAUCUUCACAGAUGGGAAGUAUUCUAAAAUUCGAAGAAGUCUGUGUAUUAUGAUUUCUCUUAUUACGACCCAGUUACUCUUGUUGCUUAGUAUUCUUAAACAGUAUCUUACUCGACAUGUUCUCAAAUCAGAACACAGAUAAACAGGAGCGUAAUCAUACUCUAAAUAACAAGGUUGGAUGAAAGUAGGAAUCACAAUAAGAAAAAUGUUGGUAUAUUUGUAAUUUUUACAUAAGAAGAUUAUGGAAUUGUCCCCAGGUCUUCGUAGCGCUGAUUGGUUGGGAGAUAGCCAAUAAACGUGCCCCAAUACAAUCCUGCACGAAACAUGCUUUAAUCCAAUCUAUAUCCCGCUAACACUGAAUAUAUAAUCCGGAGCAUUUUAUGAACCUCAAUUAGGUAGACAAAUAAUUUUAAUUAUAUGUAGGUAUGCUGGUCACAUUAUUAAGUCGUUCUAUCUAAAAUUUCACUCAUCCGUUCUUGCUGGUUUUACAGUCUUCGUUCUAUGACAUCUGUAUAGGUUAAUUCCUCUCUAUUUGAAUCUAAUAGGUGAUAUCCCGUUAACUAAGUAUCUAAGUAAGCCUGUUUUCGUAGUUAUUAUAAUGAAUCUACUCGAGAAUACUUAAAAGCCAGAAUAGCAGUUGUAGGGAUGGUAUUUUGUUAAUAAUCAGUAAAGUCCGCAAACACGCAGGUAAAUGAGACUAGGUGUGUGUGUGUGUGUGUCCAUUCAAUAUGCUUAGCAUACAUCCAACAAGUAGAAUAUUCAUGAUAGUUGUUAAAAUAACAAAUUAAGUUAGGUCACUAUCAUGUUCAUUAUAUGAACAUUGUUUGAUUGGCGAAUUUUUAAUCUCAGAUUGAUACAAAUCUCUAUACUGUGAAAUGUAUACAUACUAAUCAUAUGUAACAAAAUUAGGAAAAUUUAAAAACUAUAUGAGCUAAGAUAAAGUGAACUGGAGGAAUAACUUAAAGUUUUGUUUAAAUUACUGUCGCUAUUUUUUGAUGCUAUUAUGGAAAUUGACUCGAGUUGUAUUCGUAGUUGAAUGCUUAGGAAAUUUCACAUCAACAAACUUAUUGUAAUGAGGUGAAUUCAUUCCAUUUCAUAUGCUUUAAAUCUUCAAAAUAUGUACUGACUUGUGUAGAUACAUAAAACGUUUUACAGCUGUAACUAUUUACAUAACAUGUGUAGGAGUAUUAGUUCUCUAGCGUGAUCUGUAGCGUUAGCUUAGUUUCCCUAUGGUAUCCACAGUGUGAUUGACUGUGCUUCUUUUACCUCCCUACUAAUUCUUUCACUGUUUAUCUAUAGGUCGGUUCUACACCAUCUGGUA